UUAUGCAGUUCAAUAAAAGCUUUAAGGUUAACAGAAAAUACUUUGCUUGUUGAAAAGGUGUUCUAGAAAUUUUUCGAAGUACAAGAAUGUUUUUUACUAUUCUCAAGUAAAAAAUCGUUUGGAGCAGAUAAAAUAGAGUACAUCUUGACAUUCUGGCAUAAUUUGGAUGGAUUUUGAUUAGAUAAUAAAUUUUUUGGUUUUAUUCAAAAAUAGGCAAAAGUGGAAUAUUUCACCUAAUAUACGUUUUCAGUAGGUUUUUGAAAUGUUUUUGAAAAACAAAUGUUACCACGAGAUUCAGCAUAGUGGACAACCUAUGUUUUCAUGCAUUUCUGACAGCCUAAACCUAAUGACAGAGAAGUCCUAAGGCUUCGGGAAAAAGGUUCGUGGCGCCCGAAUCAAGCAAAACCAAACGUUUGCUUAGAUCUUAUUUUGUAGAGGACGCGUCGAACUAUCUAUCUACGAAAAAAGAACCAUAGAUUACUAUGUCGCUUUCUAGAAAUCCAAGCUUGUUUUUUAAAGAUCUUAUAGAAAAUCGAUCUUCGGAAUGUUUUCGAAAGACACUUUCGCUUGUGAAUAUAUAGCUUAAACUGUCGUCUUUCGGUUGCUGAAGACUGCAGGUUUCUGUCAUUUUUCUAUCAAAAGUUAUUUAAAAAACAACCGAGGCCACUUUUUUUGGAUGGACAAUAAUUGUGUGUAAGGGAGACUGCUUUUCGAAUGAGUUUUCUACAAGACAAGUGAAAGCGUCUUCUACUCCUUUGUGGGAUCCCACACGAUGAACGUAUUCAAAUUUUGAAUUCGGUAGAUAAAUCACGUAGUGCUGAGGGCAUUGUGUAAAAUGGGCAUUAUAUAAAAAAACUUCAACUGCUUUUAUCGGUUAAAUAAUUUUUCAUGUUCAGUCCUAGAACGGUUUUGAAGUCAGCUCGGUAAAUUAACUAAUCGAAGCGCGAUGAAUCAAAACCGAUUAGUUACUUUGCAUCAGGAGCUUUCAUGUUUUCUGUGAGCUCUUUGAAAUAGUUUCUGUUGUAUGUACCACGUGAGAAACAACGAGAAAAAAAUGUUUAUAUUGUUUGGCCUGACUAAUAAGUGUGCAAAAAAUCGAAGUGCUCAGUUAUAGUAGUAUUCAUGUGAAAACAAAGGUCGCCCAUCUUUUCACAGUAAAAAGUAUAUCCAGGCACUGUAAGAGAAAUAAAAUUUAUAUAUAAUAAACAGCAACAUAGAUCGCAACAGUUUUAUUACAAUCUUUAUCACUGACGGUUGUAUCUAAAGUUUAUCUUGAUUAACUAUAAUGAAUCUGGUAAGUCUUUUAAGAGAUUUUACAUAGGGGUAUGAGCGAGUUAACUACUAAUAGCUAACUAAGACAGAAAUUAAUAAAAGAAAAAAGAAAGUGCAAAACCUUGUGCGCUGAAUGAUUCAGUGUUACUAACGCAGACGACGAGUUCCUCGAGGUUAUUUUUCCUGAAUGAGUUGAUAGUUCGUAGAAUCUCCUUCAUUCUUUACGCUGAAGACAAAAAUACUUAUUUUUUGUUUCAGUUAGUCUUUCAAUCAUUUAUACUGCUGCUUGUAACCAGUUAUUGUCAUACAAGUAAGAUAAUUUUAUCGCACCAUAUGUAUCUGAAUUUUACAGUGUUUUACGCCUUUACUUAUAGAUAAUUAUGCUAGAAAUUACAGAACGAAUUCAAGAGAAAAUCUUGCUUAUGACACAUAUGGCGGCAGUAACGAUGCUCGAAGCCUAUCAUCAAUGGCAACUGGAUCAGGAUACAAUAAUGUGAAGUAAUUAUCAAAGUUUGAGGAUUAAAUAGUACAUAUUCAAUUUGUGAUUGUUUUUCUUUUGUUGUAAUUUUCAGUAUAUUUGAUAAUCCACAAAUAACAUAUAAUGAAGAUUUGCAAAAAAACACAUAUGCAUUCAAUGACCAAAGUCAAAUAAUGAACAAUGUUCAUACAAGUCAACAGGAAACCGUUCACCGACUUCCGUCACCAUGUACUGAGGUAAUAACAUUCGAGAAAAAACUACCACAUCCCUCAGAUAAAAGAAAAUAUAUUGUCUGUUCCGAUAACUUUCAUUAUGAAAUGAUCUCAUGUCCGGAAUUAUCGGAAUUCAAUGAACAAACUGGUGAAUGUGAAGAAAAAAGAAAGACUGAUGAGGAUGAUAUAUGUAAACAACCAGAUUUAUGUGCUAAUGGAGGUCAAUGUUAUUCGACAUCCCCAACAGAAUACAAAUGUACAUGUACAGAGAUGUUUACUGGUGAUAGAUGUGAAACCCCCGUAAGCAGUUGUGCAACUGAACCAUGUGGAGAAGGCGCUAAAUGUGCUGCAUUAAAAACAGAUGAUUAUGAGCAAGAUUAUGUGUGUAUUUGUAACAAUAAAAAAACAUAUGGUUUGAGUUGUCGUGAAACUGUUUCAAAUCCAUGUUCAAAUUCGAAACUUCAGCAAUAUUAUCCGUAUGCCUUUAGUUCAAGAGCAUAUGUCCAAUGCAACGGUGACCUAAUCUAUUUUAAACCAUGUGGCACUGGUUUAUUCUGGAAUCAAGAGCAAAAAAUAUGUGAUCGUGUAGAAACAAGCCCAACCAAAUCUUUCUCGAUCGAUCAAUCAUCUAAAAUUGAUACUCAACAAGAUCAAAGUCAGCAGCAAAAAGAAGCAGUGAAGCCACAAGAAUUAUUGAUAAGUCCUAUUCAACAACAAAAACCAUCAAGUGUCAACGUUGAAACUGUUCAGCCACCUACUGAUACACUAAUUGUAUCAAAUAUAAACGCUCAAAAACCAAUCACGAACUCAAAUAACGUGUACCAAUCAUAUUCAGAGACUAUGACACCGUCAAUACGCCAAAAAUAUAUGCUGCAAAAACAAGAAAAAAAGAAUGCAUAUUUAGCUCGCCAACAAUUAGACCAAACAUACAAUUCAAGACAAACGCAAAAUGAUCAACAACGCUCGCCAAUGUAUCAGCAAAAUUUAAACCAGCUUCCCUCAGAAUCAUCAGUGUCAUUCGAAGAUCGACCUUUAUACUCAAAUUUAAAUCCACAAUCGACUAAUUUUGCUCUUCCUCAGCAACAAUCAAAAUCUUACAGUAAACUAUCCAAUGACUAUUUAAACAAUGAUCUUGCUUCAACACGAAUGCGAGACAAUAACGCACAGCAACGACAAGUGACUGAUUAUGGGAAUAUUCAACAAGGGCAAUUUGCUAGUAAUGUAUUGCAAACCAAUUCGCUUCGACCAAAUACUCAAAAUGAUCUUGUAUCAUCAUCAUCACAACAACAAAUAAAUACUAAUGGACAAAUACUGAAUGAUGUGUCGAACAAAGCCAUUGAUUCAAGAUUAAUGCAAGAUAAUAAUAUAAAGCAAGGACAAAUGAGCAGUACCUACGAUGUUGAUCAACAACGCCAAUUAUCAAAUGAUUUACCACAAACUAGUUCAACUCUUAAUCAGUAUUCAUCUCAACCAUUAUCUAAUGGUCAACAAAAACAAUCUGGAGAUGCUUCACAACGCUUCAUUUCACCAAAUCAACGUACACAAACGUUUAGUGGUAUAACCACGAAUUUAAAUCAACAAGUACCGUCAUUUGCUGAUUCAGCUUCUCAACAAUUUAAUAAUCAACAGCAACAGUUUUCGAAUCUAGGACAAAAACCAGAAACUCAAACUUUAAUUGAAGCCUCGAAUAAACAACAACCAUUUAGUUCUGGCUCAUUGAGCACUAAUAAACAAAACAAUAUGAGAUCAACGCAAACGUUCGAUUCAUUUAGUCAACAACAACCUCUGACGAUAGACUCGAAUAGACUAUUAGCAGCACAAAAUGCUCAAAACGGCAUUGAAUCAUCCAGUUCUCAACAAUUUAAUAAUCAACAGCAGCAGUCUUGGAGUCAAAUGCAGCAAGCACAGAAAAUGUCGGCAUUAAGCGAUAAAACAAAUGUUCAACCACGAGCACCAAUCACUUAUGGUUCAUAUAGUAUUAUUCGACAAAAGGUUCGAAAUGAUAUUGUACCAUCAGCACGACAACAAUGGUCUAAUCAAGUGCAACAGGCAAAACCACAAAUAACGGUAUUAAACGAUAACACAAAUUCAUUUUCCGUUCAACAACAGCGACCACUCAAUUCUGCUAGAUUCAUCAUAAGACAAAAUUCUGAAAACGAUGUUGUACCAGCUUCAACAAAUUCAUUAAACUACCAAAUAAAGUUAUUGCAAAGCAAUAAGGAUAAGCAACAACAACAAAAUGAAAUACAAACAGAUUCAGUUGGUGAUAGUGAAAAUCACCAAUUUUGGUUAAGUUCAAACCUACAAUCACAAUAG